AUGCGAUCCUACACUGCUCGUGCCGCUUCGCGCAUAUUGCGAGCCCAGCGAGGAAGCUCGCUCAUCAACCCCGUGCCGCACCGGGUCCUCUCUGCGCAAUGGAGAACCGCGUCGUUACAUACCGGGGCACGGAAAUCGGCAGCUGCGGAGUCAGCACAGAGAGACUCGUCUAACCCGGCAAUGUCAUUCCCUUGCCUCGAUGCCCAAGAAGCGAAAUCAGCCCAGCUGUCCGCCCGGUCGCUGCAAUCCGGCCCCGAGCCCUCAUACACCACCGGCCGACAUGAAUCAUACCACUGCGAACAACCACUUCUGCUCGACUGGGGCGGCGUGCUCAAUGAAUUUGAUGUUGCGUAUGAAUCAUGGGGAGAAUUGAAUGCCGAUAAGAGCAAUGCUAUUCUUCUACACACCGGCUUGUCGGCCUCCAGCCAUGCCCACAGCACAGAAUCAAACCCCAAGCCCGGCUGGUGGGAGAAAUUCAUUGGUCCCGGCCUGCCUCUGGACACCAAUAAAUAUCACAUUAUCUGCACAAACGUAUUGGGAGGAUGUUACGGCAGUACAGGCCCGUCAUCCGUCGACCCCUCCGACGGCAAGCGGUACGCGACCCGUUUCCCAAUCCUAACAUUAGACGACAUGGUGCGCGCCCAAUUCCGCCUCCUCGACGGACUGGGUAUUAAGAAACUCGCUGCCUCCGUCGGAUCGAGUAUGGGCGGUAUGCAAAGUCUGGCGGCUGGCGUGCUAUUCCCAGAGCGCGUGGGCAAAAUUGUCAGCAUCAGUGGCUGCGCCCGCAGCCAUCCCUACAGCAUUGCCAUGCGCCACACUCAGCGCCAGGUUCUAAUGAUGGACCCCAACUGGGCACGUGGAUUCUACUACGACGCAAUCCCACCGCACUCUGGCAUGAAACUUGCGCGUGAGAUCGCCACCGUCACAUACCGCAGUGGCCCUGAGUGGGAGAUGCGCUUUGGCCGUCAACGUGCAGACCCCAGCAAGCAGCCUGCUCUCUGCCCCGACUUCCUGAUCGAGACAUAUCUCGAUCAUGCUGGCGAGAAGUUCUGCCUCGAGUACGACCCCAACAGUCUGCUCUAUGUGUCCAAGGCCAUGGACCUAUUUGAUCUUGGCCAUGCGCAUCAGACCGCGACUUUGAAUCGCCGUGCGGAGUCUGAAGACCGCAUUGCCCAUGGCGAAGCUGCUUCUAGCGCCUCGGAGUCCUGUAGUCUGACCCUUCCUGACCAACCAUACGAGGAACAGCCCGGCUCUACCUCCAAUGUGACACCGCUGGACGAGUCAGUCGCUACUGAUGGUACCGAGGGACCUCCCCGUGAUCUUGUCGCCGGUCUUGCUCCGCUCAAGAACCACCCCGUGCUUGUCAUGGGUGUUGCUAGUGACAUUCUCUUCCCUGCGUGGCAGCAGCGUGAAAUCGCCGAAACUCUCCGGGCUGGGGGCAACAAGAAUGUGGAGCAUGUUGAGCUCGGCGACGAUUUGUCGCUGUUUGGCCAUGACACUUUCUUGCUGGAUCUCAAGAAUAUCGGUGGUGCGCUGGGCAAGUUCCUUGACUAG